GGCAAGAUGGCGGCGGGCGGGCUGCUCUGGCUGGCGGCCGCGCUGGGCCCGGGCUGGGCCGCGCCGCGGUUCCGCCCCGACUGGGCCAGCCUGGACGCGCGGCCGCUGCCGGCCUGGUUCGAUCGGGCCAAGGUGGGGGUAUUCGUGCACUGGGGGGUCUUCUCCGUCCCGGCCUGGGGCUCCGAGUGGUUCUGGUGGCACUGGAAAGGGGAGCGCCGCCCCGACUACCAGAGCUUCGUGCGGCGCCGCUACCCGCCCGGCACCACCUACGCCGAUUUUGCGCCUCAUUUCACCGCCCACGACUUCCAGCCCCGCCAGUGGGCACAGCUCUUCCAGCGGGCUGGUGCCAGGUACGUGGUCCUGACCACGAAGCAUCAUGAAGGCUUCACCAACUGGGGGUCACCCGUGUCCUGGAACUGGAAUUCUCUGGAUACCGGGCCCCACCGAGACCUCGUAGGAGAGCUGGGACAAGCCCUCAGGGAGAGCAACCUACGCUAUGGACUGUACCACUCCCUGCUGGAGUGGUUUCAUCCACUCUAUCUGAGUGACAAGGAAAGUGGCUUCAAGACCCAGGACUUCGUCUUAAAGAAGACCAUGCCAGAACUUUAUGAUCUUGUCUUAAAAUAUAAACCAGAUCUGAUUUGGUCGGAUGGAGACUGGGAAGCUCCAGAGUCCUACUGGAAUUCUACCUCUUUCCUUGCCUGGCUUUAUAAUGAUAGUCCUGUCAAGGACACUGUUGUUGUUAAUGAUCGUUGGUGUAAUAACUGCUCCUGCCAUCACGGAGGCUACUACAACUGUGCUGACAGAUACAAGCCUGGCACCCUGCUGGCUCACAAGUGGGAGAUGUGCUCCUCCAUGGACAGGCUCUCCUGGGGCUAUCGGAGCAACAUGAACCUCUCUGAGAUAAUGGAUGAAGCCAGUAUCAUUGAGGAGCUAGUGCAGACUGUGAGCUUUGGAGGCAACUACCUUCUCAAUGUGGGACCUACAAAAGAAGGGGUGAUUGUUCCCAUCUUCCAAGAAAGACUCCUGGCCCUGGGCAGGUGGCUGGAUAUUAAUGGGGAGGCAAUUUAUGAAUCAAAGCCAUGGAGAGUGCAGAUGGAGAACAGCACAGACACAGUCUGGUACACUUCUAAGGGACCAGCUGUCUAUGCCAUCUUUCUGAUCUGGCCUCAGGACAGUGUUUUGAAGCUGUCCUCACCUGCUCCAUCCCCAGCCACACAAGUGACCAUGUUGGGUUUUGCUGGGACCCUGGAGUGGCAGAAGUCCCCAGAGAAGGGACUGCUCAUAACUCUGCCCAAGAUGCUUCCCUCUCCACUGCCCCCCAAGUCAGGCUGGACUGUCAAGCUGGAGGGUGUGAAGUGACACCCGUGGGGGGAGAGCAGCACCCCCCUGCCUUCCUUCGGAAUCAAGUCUAAGAAGAUUUUUCGUUUAUUGUGAAAUAAAUUGUUUUAAGAGACUCUCUCUGCUAA